AUGAAAACACGAAAGCUUAUCACAAUCAUUCUUCAAGCUUUCUUUGCAAUUAUUCUCAUAAUAUAUCUUAUCGCGAAUACAGUAGUUGAUGUAGCUAGAUCAAAUCUUACUUAUACGACAUUAACAUUCGAAAAUGUCGAUAGUCUUCCACCGCCGGCCUUUUCUUUGUGCACUGACGACGUACAAUAUAAUUUUAACUGUACAAUUUAUGGCAAUACUUCGAUAAAUUGUCCCAAAUUAAUCAAAUUUGUAAACGUUACUGGAGAUAAUUUAUAUAAUGGAUGGUUUACUAGAUGCUAUGUUUUUCAAACAACUACCCCAAUUUUACUUUCAAAACCAGUGAUACCUCCAAAAAACUGGACCGCCUUCCAAUCUGCUAUGUUCAUUCAAUAUUCAUUCUUCAACGCAUCGACAAUUUCCAAGAUGCAAUUUAUGAUAUGGAAUCCUUUCGAUUUACCUGACAGCGAAGCUUCAGCUACUGAACUUUCUUCGCUCAAGACGCCACAAAUAUUGAAUCCUUAUAGCUUAACACAAUUCGAUGCCAAUCGUGAACGUGCAUUCACUUUUUUCUGGAAGAGACAUGUGUUUUUAAAUGGAACCACGAAAUGGCAAGUGGAUUUCCGAUCUGAAAUAGGUGUAGCAUCUAAUGCUUUUGGAACAAAUAACAGUGCAAUUGGACUUAUUCAUCUUAAACCAGGAAGUUUUGAAGUACCCACGACUCGCGAGCAACCAUUCCUUCAACCUGUUUCCGUAUUCACCAUGUUUAUUGUUCUUGCCGCUGUUCUAUAUUCUACCUACUACGCGUUGUUAGGAGGUAGAGGCAAAUAUCGAAAUUACGGUCUUGCUCACAUUAUCACUAGAUAUUUUCCACAGAAAUACAUUAAACGCACAGACAACCGAGCUUUAAAACCAACGGCUGAUGAUGUGCUAAAAAUAUAUUUGGAUGGUAUUAAUAAAGUAGAUUUUGAUGAUUAA